UUAUAUGACCCUUGUAUGCAUACAGGAUGUUGCCCGAAAAAAUGGCACCCCCCCAGCUCUGUAAACUCAUUGCAGAAUAGUGAAACUAGCCAGUCGGUAAGAGAGCCUAAAGCGCAACAUCAGGCCAACAGACAGAAGAGUUAGCAGGCCAACAGAUAAUCGCGGAAUCGGUCCUAAUGGAGCUUUCUGAAGGGUCUCAAUCCUUUACACAGCUUCUCCGGGGGAUAGAUGAUUUCGAACAGCAUUCGUCAGAGGGGGAUUCUCAGAAUCAAACUGCGUGCAGCCCUUUAAGUAGCCAAUCCCCAUCACACUAUUGUCGACCGGACAGACCCAAAAGAAGGAUCACGGGUGCUUCAUGUACUCUGAACGAUGACAUCGAUGCUAUUCUGCCUUUCUGUUCGAACGGGUUUACCCUAACUCCCCCAGGAACCAAGCUACAUAUUUCCGCCCCAAACAUGGCACAACAUCUGCGCAAGUGCAUUGCGCAGAACCCCCCCGGCCCGAAAAGUUACUGCUUCAAGAAACGGCCCUAUACGGACAAGACUCCAAUGAGACAUGCCAUGCAGAAUCUGCAAGGCCUGGUGAAAAAAGUCUAAAGCCCCCGGUUUCCGUGAUUCGUCAGAACAGCCCGCGUCAAAAAAGCCAAGACUCCUCCCCGGCGUAUAAUGGCACAGAAGACCAUACACACCGAGAACACGCAGAGGAUUUCGGCACGCCAGACAUUCACAAUAAAACAACAAAACCGGAUGAUUUCAACGUUUUAAAUGACAUUCCUGAGGUAGACGACUGGAUAUUCUGUAACGCAGCCAAUCUUCUUGAUUCCUCCAAUUCUUAUGUAGAAACACCCAAACCUGAAAUAGACCAAGCUGGGUUUAUCAAUGCCUUUUCAAAGGCUCUAAAAUCCAGAAAUGUCUUGCUACACAAACGAAUGGUUAAUUUACUCGAGCGGCAAUACAGUCAGGAUCUAUCCUUCUGGCGUAGAACAAUUGUCACGAAUCCCACAGAAGGUGGCUCCCCUGCCUGCUCGGGCGGCGCUCGGCGGUCGUCGUCGCCGGCCUACUAGCCGCCGCUGAUCCCUUUUUCCUUUUCUGUUGGUAUGUCUUAUUGUUUGCACCUGUUCCUUAUUUGUGUGCGUUGAUUUGUGGUUAUUUAAGCCUGUUUAGCCCGCCCAGGUUUGUGCGGGAUUAUUUUAUCGUCAGUGUGCUUGUUUCAUGUGCUGGCGAUCUGCUUGGUUUAUUUUCUUUCCGGACUGUGUGCCCGUUGUGUAUGGGUUGGGAAUUUUGUUCACACGCCUGUUGUGUUGGCGUCGACCAUGUCGUACCAGAGAAAAUAAAUCUCAUUUUUCCUUACCUCUGCUCUCUGCGCCUGACUCCUACCACCACUCCUAGCAUUCGUGACAACAAUGCCCCGUUUGUUAAGCAACAAACCGUUUAAAAAACGCAAAUACCGGCGGUAAAAACAGUUACCGAAAUGGACAUGCCAAUAAUUGAGACAGUUGAAAGCCUUUUGGCGAAAAUACCCCCCGAUCUACAAGCUUUAAUUGAACGGAUGAACGAGGGUGGGGUAUCAGACAUAAUUCCGAUAGACGAAAAUCUAUUUUCCCAAAUUCCCGCCGACCUAAUUGAAAUAAUUAAACAUAUGAACGAGUCAGGAACAACCUAUGAAAACCAAUUAUUGCAAAUCCCGCCCGCCCUAGUUUUUUUAAUAAACCAGAUGAACGAGAGCAUGAGAUCUUCUACACCGGAACCCGCACACACCCCGCCAUUAACGCCCAUGUCAGAAGAGUCUGUAACGCAAUAUGAUGUUUUUGGCCGUACCAAUGCUUUGACCUUGCGGUAUGUAGCGCAACCAGACGAGACAAUAGGAUAUGUAGAUUUUACAUCUCUUUAUCCUCAUGUAAUGAGUUCCUCAUGCUAUCCUAUGGGGCAUCCUAAAAUUAUUCACCGUGACUUUGACUUACCCCAAAACUAUUUUGGUCUGAUCAAAGCAACUGUCUACCCACCUAGGGGUUUGUUUAUACCAGUGUUGCCUUACAAGGGACCUCAAGGAAAACUUUUCUUUCCCCUAUGUCGCACCUGCAGUGAAAACAACAACCAGGAAAAGCCUUGUGAUCACUCAGAUCAGGAAAGAGCCCUCACAGGUGUCUGGGUUACACCUGAAUUCUCAAAGGCUCUAGAUAAGGGGUACCGUGUGGCCAAAAUCUUUGAAGUGUGGAACUUUUCCAUGAAAUCAGACACUCUUUUUAAAGAGUACAUCAAGACCUUCUUGAGAUGCAAGCAAAUGGCUUCAAGCUAUCCUGCAUCCGUCACAGAUCAAGAGAGCAAAGACAAGUACAUUCGAGACUAUCAUGACACAGAAGGCAUACUUCUUGACCCCGACCGAAUAGAGGUCAACAAGACCAAACGAAAUGUGUCGAAAUUGUACUUAAACUCGCUUUGGGGGAAGCUUUCGCAGAGAUGCAAUAUGCUAAGAUCGUCGAUCAUUAAAGACCCCGAAGAAUUUUUGGAAUUUGUUUUUUCGGACCAAUACGAAAUUUCACAUUUUUCAUUCUUGAGUCAAGACAUUGCCCUGGUGCAAUGGAGACAUAACAAGAAGUGGGUUCUACCCCCGGGUAAUGUAAAUGUGUUUCUUGCAGCAUUUACCACGGCCUAUUGCCGACUUCAACUGUACGCCCUCAUGGAGCAGCUUCAGAGGAGGGUUCUUUACCGUGACACAGACUCUGUGGUCUAUGUAAGCAAACAGGGUGACUGGACCCCCCACUUAGCAACUAUCUGGGUGGUUUAACGAGUGAACUCAAAGAUGGUGACCAUAUCACAGAAUGGUCCUCCUGUGGGCCCAAAAGCUAUGCUUUUAGGACUAAAUACAAUCACGUGGUGUUGAAAGACAAAGGCGUGACUCAAAACUACGAAAAUGCCCCGCGUGUAAACUUGGAAUCAAUCACACACUUGGUCGAGGGGUUCAUAAACGAUCGGAAUAGUGACUUGGAGAUUUUGAGCUCCUACAAAAACAUUGUUAGGGAUAAAAAGGGAUUUCAUCUCAGGAAUGCCCCAGUUACUAAAAGAUUCAGGGUAGUCUAUGACAAGAGACUGCUUUUACCUAACGGGACCACACUGCCCUUUGGCUACUGACUUAUGCUACAAGCCCCAGUGUGUCUUAAAGCUUAAGAUAUAAUGGCUGCUGUAGAAGGUUUUGACCCCCGGUUGCAACUACCAUUUUCGGCCUUAAUCUCAGGCCCCUCCAACAGUGGUAAAACUUGUUUUGUAAAAAGUAUUUUAGAGAAUUCUGAACAUGUGUUAUCUCAGAAGCCUGACAAUAUUGUGUGGUGUUAUUCAUGUUAUCAUGAUGAAUUGUUGAAGAAAAUAAAAAUCAAGUUUGUUGAAGGAA